AUGAAGAAGACAAUCUUUGUGAUUGCGGAACGGUUCUGUGUGAGCCAUAAGAAGAGUUCAGGGGUGAACAAGAAACCAAGAGAAGAAGGGUUCUACGUGAACAAAAGGAAGAAGAUGAUCUGUGUGAUCAAGCGUGCUCUGUGUGUCGUAGGCGUGAGAAAGGAGGACCAGAUCUUUGUGAUCAAAAAGAUCGAAAACCUUAGUGGUGCUAACCUGUGUGGUUCAGCGAUUCGAGUCGAGAAAGACAUGUGUGGUGCGGUUGCGGAGAAGACAACUGUUCGAGAGAAGCGUGUGACCUGCGUUGGGGCUGUAUUAGUUGUUCUAAUGGGCCUAUCAUAUUUGAUGUGGGAUUCUACGCAUCUGUUUAAGCUUUAUGAUAAGAACCAAACCGUUCCAGCUCAGGAUGAUGUAUGUGAUGAUACCAGAGACUUUGGUGGUGUUGAGUUCAGCAAAGUAGAUACACACUUGCUUCCGACUGUACUUCUCAUUGGCCGCCCCAAUGUGGGCAAAUCCGCAUUGUUUAAUCCUUUGAUUAGAAGAAGAGAGGAUCUUGUGUACAACACUCCUAACGAUCAUGUGACUAGAGACAUACGAGAAGGGAUUGCGAAAUUGGGUUAUUUGCGAUUUAAGGUGUUGGAUUCAGCCGGGUUAGAGGCCGAGGCUUCGUCUGGUUACGUUCUUGGCCGGACUGCAGAAAUGACCGCAAGUGUGUUGAGAAAGUGUAAAUCCGCACUAUUUCUUAUUGAUGCAAGAGACGGGUUGCAGCCCAUGGAUUUGGAUGUUGGAAAGUGGCUAAGAAAGCAUGCUCCGGGAAUGAAGAUUGUUACGAUAAUGAAUACAGCUGAAUCACUUGAUGAUGGUUUUGGGUCUGCUUGUGAAGCCACGCGUACAUUGGGAUUUGGAGAUCCUGUUGCUCUCUCUGCAGAAACUGGUUUAGGGAUGAAUGAUUUAUAUCGAGUUCUCAGGCCAUUGCUUGAACAACAACAAAUGCUUCUUCAAACUGUACAAGUUUGCAACUCAGAUGAAACUAAUGAAGAGGAGUCAAAGCUACCACUGAAGUUAGCAUUUGUGGGCCGGCCUAAUGUUGGCAACUCAACCUUGUUGAAUGCAAUUCUGCAGGAAGAGCCUGUUUUGUGA